AUGACAGUCACACAGAGGAGAGUGAGGAAUGAUGUAAAGUCAGAUGAUAGACCAGUCACUGAACCGGGGAUCAAGUACACUUGUGACUUCUGUCAUGUUGAUAUCACCCAUACUGUUCGAAUCAAAUGUGCAAUGAAAGAAUGCGAGGAGGUCGACUUAUGUCCAAAUUGUUUCUCUGAAGGCAAAGAAGGACUGCGGCACAAAGCGUGGCAUGAUUACAAAGUUGUGGAACAACAUUCACAGCCUAUAUUUUCACCUGACUGGGGAGCGGACGAAGAACUUCUGCUAAUCUCAGGGUUGAUAUCGAAUGGUUUAGGAAAUUGGCUGGAAGUCGCCCAACAUGUCGGAACAAGAACCAAGGAUGAAUGUGAAGAACACUACUUAUCAGUAUAUUUGGGUGUUGGAAAGGGUUCGAGUGAGGAGAAUGGCGUAAAGGAGGAAAUGAAUGGCGAGAUUGUGGAAGGACUCAAUGAAGUAAGAAAAAGACAUAGACCUUUUAUGCCGCCUAUGGAUAAAUCGUUCCACGUCGAUCCCGAUGAAUUCCAAGCUAGAAAGAAAGCCGGAAUAGAAGAGAUGAGAAAACCUCACGCUUUACCACCUCCCAAUGCUGCUCCUUUGGUAUCGGCACCUACAAAUCACGAAGUGGCGGGAUUCAUGCCUGGCCGAUUGGAGUUUGAACAUGAAGUAGACAAUGAAGCUGAAGUUGCUGUCAAAGACAUGGAGUUUGGACUAGUCUGGAAAUACGGAGGAGAUUUACAGCCUGAAGCUACAGUGACAAGACCGCCAGAAGAUGAGGACGAAGAAGAGGGCGAAGGAGACGAGAAUGAGGGAGGAGGAGAAGAUGAAGAAGCGGGAGAAGCGGGAAAAAUGAAAUCCCAUCGAAGAGAAGAAGAAGAAAUCAAGAUCAAACCUGAACCAGAUUCAGAUCAUAACGAAAUACCAGCGCACCAGCCUGAUGCAGCAGGACCUUCUUCAUCGCCUAUAAAAGGAAAAGAAGAAGCUGCAUCUUCUUCAAAGAAAGAUAAAGGAAAAGCUAAAGCCAAGGGUCCACCCAUCCCUGAUAUAGAAGAUGAAGAUGAAUUGGAAGUCAAAUUGGCGAUGUUGGAUAUUUACUUUUCUAAAUUGGAUAAGAGAUUGGAUGCGAAGGAGAUCCUGUUCGAUAGAGGUCUGACUGAACACAAAAAGAUCCAAGCAUUAGAACGCAAACGGCCGAAGGAGGAAAGAGAACUGAUACAGCGUUAUAAGGUGUUUGCGAAGCUGCAAACGGCCCAAGAUUUUGAGGUGCUCAUCGAGGGACUGAUGUACGAACAAAACCUUCGAAAAAGAAUAGCGGAAUUGCAGGAAUAUCGUCGUAUGGGAAUAACAACUAAUGCAGAGGCGGAAGCUUAUGAUAAUGCCAAAGCUGCAAGGGCUGGAUAUCGACCCAUCGUGCAACGGGAUAGACCUGACAUACCCAUACCCAUCACUGGCGCAAGGGUCAAUGCGGGACAACAUCGUUUCUUACAUGGUGGUCUGGGCACACCACCUCCAGGACAAGAUCCAAAGAGUCGAGAACCUACACCCAGAGUCGCACCUAUGAGUAUAGGAAGGAAACCUCCUACACCAUUGAAUCUGGCAAACGCUGCUUCAUUAGAUCUUUUGACGAUAGAGGAGCAAUCACUAUGCUCUUCAUUGAGGGUAUUACCAAAACCAUAUUUGACAAUAAAAGAAUUAUAUAUACGUGAAAAUGAACGUAGACAUGGUUUAUUAAAACGCAGGGACGCGAGAAGAAUGUUGAAAAUCGAUGUCAACAAAUCCGGCAAAAUAUUCGAUUUCUUAGUUUCCUCAGGAAUGUUAAGACUGAAAUAUGAUUCUUCACCAAAACAUCUAAAUAUGGAUUUAGGAAUAAAUAUGAAUAUCGGGAUCGGGAAAGAAUCUCAUCUGAUAAUGAAUGGAUUUGAGGGUGAAAAAGUUAUGAUGUCUGAGAUUAGAUUAGAUGGGUCUUGA